CUCUCAGUUGUCACUAUACAUAAGCUCUCAAUACAAACUAUAUUUGUUUUUAUGGGAUUGGUGGGAGAGAAACUAGACAUAGACUUUGUGAUAUCAACUGGGGACAACUUUUAUGACGAUGGUUUAACUGGAGUUGACGAUCCAGCCUUUCAACAAUCUUUCACCAAUAUCUAUACAUCUCCGAGCCUUCAAAAGCAAUGGUACAAUGUUUUGGGCAACCAUGACUACAGAGGUGAUGUGAAAGCACAGCUAAGUCCCAUCCUCAGAGAAAAAGACAGUAGAUGGUUCUGCUUGAGAUCAUUUAUUCUCGAAGCAGGAUUUGUGGAUUUCUUCUUCGUUGACACGACUCCAUUUGUAGACAAGUACUUCACGCAUCCAGGAGACGACACUUACGAUUGGAAAGGCAUUUAUCCUAGACAGGAAUAUCUUUCAACUCUCCUUACGGAUGUGGACACAGCUUUGAAGGAGUCCGAUGCAACAUGGAAGAUAGUAGUCGGCCACCAUACUAUCUUGAGCGCUGGACACCAUGGUGUCACUACAGAGCUACUGAACCAGCUUCUUCCAAUCCUUCGAGAAAAUAAAGUGGAUAUGUACAUUAACGGGCAUGAUCACUGCUUGGAACAUAUCAUCGACAGCAAGAGUGGAAUUCAUUUUUUAACGAGUGGAGGAGGCUCAAAGGCAUGGAGGGGUGAUGUGAGCUCGUGGAAUCCAGAGGAAAUGAAGCUGUACUAUGACGGGCAAGGAUUUAUGUCAAUGCAAAUGACUCAAGGACACACCUGCUUCAUAUACUACGAUGUUUUUGGUAAUGUCUUGCACAAAUGGAACAUCACCAAAGACCUCGUUUAGUCACAGAGUACCUAUCUCCAAAUAUAACUAAAAGUCUCCUUUGAAGUAAGUAGUAAAAUAAAGUUACUGAAUCUAAGAAGCAUAAGUGCCCUUCACUCCUACUGACAUGAGGUACCACGGGUUUGUUUCUUGGCUGGUAGGUUCACCCAAGUAUACUGCCACCCGCCCCUUUUUUUUUUAUUUCUUUCUUCCUUUCUUUUACACGCUUUUCUGUCAGUGGAGGUGUUGUGCUGCUCAGAUUGCAUAAACACAAUUAUUAGAU